CGGGAUGUCACUGGAUGAGGAUAUGACUACAAAUUUCAUAAAUGUGAUUGCAAUUUUUGAGUUUUGGAUUCCAGCAGGAGCAACAGUGGCUGGUAGUGCAUAGCAAAGGGAGAGUGAGCAGUGAGACACACAAAAAAGGUACACACAGACAGAGCGCACACAAAUCGAAUAAGGGAGCAGCAGAAAUGAGCAGGCGAGGAAUUGAGCUCACACAGUAGUCCAUUGGUGGCCCCCGUAGUUUGUGUGUCGUGGUUUCGAUCGGUGAAAAAUCCUGACAGCAGGACGGGGUUCCUGAUAAUUACACCAACUGUGAAUUUUCCCGUGAAAAAGCAUAUAUUCUAUUUGGUGCAAGUGGCUGGUUCAUCAUUACUGCAGUGCAAAUGGAUAAGCAGGCCAUGGCUUGACCGAAAAUUACUCCAAGCAAGUGAGCUGGAAGAUUCACCAAAGUAGGCUAGCAAAUGGAACCAGCAGAAGGUCAAUAUUCGAUUUGAGAGGAAAAAUCUCAUCCUGGCAGCAGCGAAAAUUGGAUUUUCUUCGCGUUCCGCCUCACUCCUAAAUCCUCCCACUUCGACGAUUUCCCGUUGGUGUACGAUUUUAGGUGUUUUCUUUAAUGCGACAACAGUGCUCGGUGACAAGUGCAAGUGCAACCAAGCUUAGCGAUUUGAAUCUCCCUGGAAAAAAGGAAAGCUGAUUUCGCGAUUUGACACCAUUGGCAACUGCGAGGAAGCUCUAAGCCAAAGUGAUUCGUCGGGAAAAUUACACAGUGCAGUGCAGAAGAAUAAGCCAGAAGGAAAAUUCGGGUACCAAAGAUAACAUCAUCCUCUGGCGAUUGCGAGUGCAUGUAUAUGUGUGUGCGUGCGUGCGUGAGAGUGCUAGUGGGAAAACCCGGAGAGCGAGCGCAAGAAAACACGUCCCAGUGAGAGGGUGAUCCCCACUAAUCUCAAGCGCGAGAAAGGACGACGAUUCUCGUAGUGAACCAGAAAGAAAAAAAAAACGAAACAAGGCAACAAGGAUCCUGUGAGGAAAACUCACUCACGACAGCGCUUAACUACACAGACACACACGUACCCCUUUUUUUGGAAGAGGAGCGAGAAGAGGUGAGCAAGUGAGCACGAGCGAAUUAGCGCCCCUGGUUUGCCACUUUGCCUUUGGUUUCUCUCUGCGAGUGUGUGCGUGCCUGCGUGCACGUGUGUUUGUGCAGUGUGUGCGUGCGCGACAUCACCAUCCGAAGAGGUUGACCGAAAUCGGAAAACGGACACCAGGAGCAGCAAUUGCAGCACCAGAAGCAGUCGUCCAGGAAUCCAGGAACUGACGCCGAGCAAAGGACCAGAACAACCACCGCACUCCGAUUCGGGAACUAAAAUGUCCCUGUGUGAUCUGUGAACAGACUGACUUCGAACACAAAAGAAGGCAGCGGACAUCAAAGAACAAAUCAACCACCCAAAUCAAGAGCCUGGAUAAACUCGAAACCGCUAGGACCAGUCCUAGAUUAAUGGCCAGAACGCCAUUUUGAACGUUUCCGGCAUUUCCAGAGCGCAAGCUAGCCCAACAGCCAGCUGGUAACCAAUCAAAAACGGUUAGCGUGAACGUGUGUGCUCACGACGCGUUCCGGUGUAGUAGUGGUAGUGGAGGAGCAGAAGCAGUGCCGAGUGCACGCAGUAGUGGUGUGAGUGACACGAGAAGCGCCUUUCUCCUGGCUGCGGGCAGACAGCGACAACAAAGCGUUUUACCUUAGAUAAACUCGGAAGGCGGACAGUUUUAGUCGAAACAGUAAUAACUUAAAAUUAUUAGAACAACAGAACACUACACUACUUAACUAUUGUUUAGUCGUCCCUCACACACGCAUACCCCCUAGGCACUUACACAGUCACACGUGAAUCUAAUAUUACAUAUAUACUGAAAUAUUACGAAUCGGAUUAGUAAUUGUAUAACACACAUACACAGAUUGCAAGAUGUCUUCGCAACCGCCAAAUCAACAACAAUCAAACAAUGCAACACCACAGCAGCAGUCGGGCGGUUCGGGAACCGGCGGUAACGAUCGGGUCAUCGACAGUGUCCUGUUUCCGCCGAAACACAAACUCACGAUCGCCGAGGUGUUCGACUCACAUACCGGCAAGCCCCGUCCGGACGUCCUGAAGCAGCACUUCAUCCUGGAAGGUCGAAUCGAGGAGAAUGCCGCCCUGAGGAUCAUCCAGGAGGGUGCCGCCAUCUUGAAGGCGGAGAGCACGAUGAUCGACAUUGAAGCCCCGGUCACAGUCUGCGGCGACAUCCACGGGCAGUUCUACGAUCUGAUGAAGCUGUUCGAGAUCGGAGGCUCGCCAGCGUCCACCAAGUAUCUCUUUCUCGGCGAUUACGUCGAUCGCGGCUACUUUAGUAUAGAGUGCGUACUGUAUCUGUGGGCGCUGAAGCUGUGCUACCCGACCACACUGUUUCUACUGCGAGGCAAUCACGAGUGUCGACAUCUAACAGAAUACUUUACCUUUAAGCAGGAGUGUAAGAUUAAGUACUCGGAACGAGUCUACGAUGCGUGCAUGGAUGCGUUCGACUGCUUGCCCCUGGCGGCACUAAUGAAUCAGCAAUUCCUCUGUGUUCACGGUGGCCUCUCGCCGGAGAUUCAAGAGCUGGACGACAUCCGGAAGUUAGACAGAUUCAAAGAACCACCGGCAUUCGGACCGAUGUGCGAUCUGCUGUGGUCCGACCCGCUGGAAGACUUUGGCAACGAGAAGAAUUCGGACUUUUACUCGCACAAUACGGUGCGCGGAUGUUCGUACUUCUACAGCUAUAAGGCGUGCUGUGAUUUCCUGCAGAACAACAAGCUCCUAUCGAUCAUUCGGGCGCACGAAGCGCAGGACGCUGGCUACCGUAUGUACCGCAAGAGCUCGACGACCGGUUUCCCCUCGCUAAUCACAAUCUUCUCCGCUCCAAACUAUCUGGAUGUCUACAACAACAAGGCGGCCGUGUUAAAGUACGAAAACAACGUCAUGAACAUCCGGCAAUUCAACUGUUCACCGCAUCCGUACUGGCUUCCAAACUUCAUGGACGUCUUCACCUGGUCGCUGCCAUUCGUCGGCGAGAAGGUUACCGAAAUGCUGGUUAACGUACUUAACAUCUGCUCGGACGAUGAGCUGAUCUGCGAAGGCGACGACACCCUGGAGGAAGCGAACGCCCGCAAGGAAGUCAUCCGAAACAAGAUCCGUGCCAUUGGCAAGAUGGCCCGUGUCUUCUCCGUGCUGAGGGAAGAAUCCGAAUCGGUCCUGCAACUGAAAGGACUCACGCCAACCGGUGCCCUGCCGCUAGGUGCCCUCUCCGGUGGCAAGCAGUCCCUACACAACGCCCUGCAAGGCUUUUCGCCCAACCACAAGAUCACGUCGUUCGCCGAAGCCAAGGGUCUGGACGCGAUCAACGAGCGAAUGCCACCGAGACGGGACACGACACCGACGCCCAGCGACGAGAAAUCCAUAUCGUUAACGGCGCCCAAAUAAUCAGCUUCUUCGUCGUAAUCAUAGGAACAGUGUGAAAACUAAAUCAGCUAAAUCCAGUUCAGCGCGAUACAGCAACACACCUACACGUUCACAAUCACACACACACUCUCACAUGAAACAUCCCCCUCAAAAUCACGUACGCACGCGCGCAUAUGCAUAUAAAAGAAUAUUAUAAUUGAAGCUACUAAGAGGAAAACACAAGAAAACAACUAUUAUAAUAAAUUAUGAAAAGAAAAUAAAGAAAAGCUAACUUAAGUGAAUCCAUCAAUAUCUCAUUAUUGAACAUUCAAACGCAAAGCAAAUCUACAGACGAACCGGAAUAGCUUCAACAUAAAAAACAGUCGAAGUCAAGGCCCCUCUCUCUCACUCACACACAAACAAACAGCAAACGCAAAUCGCAGUACGCUGUGCAUUUGAGUUCCGAUUCAGUAAAACGACAUUUUAGGCAAUCGAAGCAGGCUUUGCGCGUACCAUUUUUUUCGGUUUUGAUUCCCAUUUCCCACAUUUUUCUCAGUUGCCAUGCUGUGUUUUUUUGCAUUUCCCCACAUACUCAUAAAAUACAAACACAACCAAAUAGAUACAUUUAUUUCACGAUUGAUGAUUGGAAGACAGCCGAGAGGAACAUGCUUUUUAUGGAGAGAAAUGGUUCAAGUAACAGAGCAAGAAAUAUAUUAUUAAUCGAAUUAUUGUUGAUGUUUUCUAGCUAAACCAAACAAACAAACAAACAAAGCGAAACAAUACAAGCAAAAUCAAUGGAAAAUGGAGAUUGUUGAGCGACCCGCGACGGAGCGAGAUUAUACGACGUUAGGCUUGUGUUACAGAGAAAUAAAUGAGUGCUAAAUAUACAGAUACACACAUUUGUAUUGUCCAAAUCACUACGUUUUUCAUAUAGUAAAAAUUCUUGACUCCGAUCAGACUUAAUUGAUUGCAAUGGAUCGAACAACGCACACAUACAAAUCAAUAGAUAAAAAUCAAAUUUGAAAACUGUGUGCAAACGUCACCGUCACGAGACAUCGUGAAAACGGGAAUUUAACGUUGAAAAAUUUAUUCACUCUCUAACCAUAACAAAUACUCUGUCCGGUUUCUCAAAUUCCACUAGAACAAACUAAUAUUUUAUCGAAAUAAAAAAAAAACAAAACUAAUAGACAACCAGCGCUUGAACUAUCAUUCUCACCUGUCAUCAUCUCAUCUGUCACACACGAACACAUGUCCCCAACGCAGAGCCUACUAUAUUGCUCCCUGACAACCAACAAUGUUUGAACACAUACAACCACUCGUAAGCAUUACCCCUAAUCAUAGGAUUUCGCAGAUCGAAUUCAAAAGGAAGCGACGUUGAAGAAGAAAUACGAGAAGAAGAAGAAAAGAAGAAGAAGAAGAACGAUACGCAUUGUAACUAAUCCAACACUCCCAUUUCGUUUGACAUGUGAUUAAAUAUUGUUUAACUGUUUUUCUUUUCUAUUAUUUAUAUAAAAAAAAAACGACACGCGAAUUUGUCCCCAUCAGGAAAAUUCACUUCGAUCCAAGCCUCAGACACUUUGUAUACACACACACACGUACACACAAAACACUCAAACCGUUCCUUCCUUCCUUCCUUCCUUCAUUACCAGACGACUAAGGAACAUGUUGAAGAAAAUUGAUUGGAACAAGCUUAACACUAAUCAAGUAAGGGUAAAAAUAUAUAUAUUUAACAGUGAAAACAGAAGAAAAAACAAGCGAGAAAACAGGACGAAGAAAGCAAAUCGGUAGAUAACAGAAACACAGUUUAGAACGUACGCGAGAAUGAGUAGCGUCUGUUGCGGAGAGGAGAUAACAAAAAAAAAAAGAAUGAAGAAGAAAAAUAGUAAAACAAGUUAAGUCGUAAGUGUAUAAUUGAUUAAUGAUUAAGUAAAUUAAUUUAACUGAUUAUGAAGCAGAAGCAGAAAAGGUAGUAGAAUCAAGAGCGAAACCUAGAGUCGAAUGAAAGGCGAGAAUUCAAAUAGAAAACAAAACAGCAGAAGAAGAAAAAUAUAACAAAAGAGGAGUAAUUAUUGUCAUAUUAUUAAAUCUAUUGCGAUCAUUAAAAACAACAACAAGAGGAAGAGAAAAAAAAACACAAAACAAACAAGAAUCUUAUAUAGAAGCAUUGAAUUCAAAAACAAAAUUGUGCAUCAGCAAACACAAAAACAAAAAACUAUGAAAAACUGAAGCAAAGAUGCGGAGAGUACGUGAAACAUUUUCAUUAUUUUAAAAACAAUUCUCUUAAUUGAAAUAGUAAUAUAGCUCAUUAAGACAAGAAGAAAAAACAAAAACAUCAUUGUGUAAGCAAAACAAAAACAAAAGAUAGAAGAUUAAUAAGUGAAUAAAAAAAACUUCCCUUCCCGUGUUAAUAAAAAACAACAUUUGCGUGCGCUUUUCUCUCAUUAAAAACUAAAAUCGACGAGUUAAUAACCUUAAACGAAAAAAAAACACAAACAGCAAAAAACAUAAAAAACUACUUUUUUACUUAAAAUCCUGGUUGGAAUUUCUCUACGACUAAGUUUUAUCAUUAUUUGUAAUAUUUUUAUUCACCUGUUGUUAUACUAGUAAUAAAAACGGAAUAUUUAUGUUUAAAGCUAGAUCUUUUUCGAGAAUGAAGAAAAAAACAUUGUUAUAGUGUAAUUUAAUGUAAUCAAACAAAAAAAAAUCACAAGAACAUAAUUAACAAACCAGUGCAGUGCGACCCGUUUUUCAAUGUUUCGUUACAGAAGAGCAGGAAGAAAAAUAUGCAGAUCACUAAAAUAGUAACGUAACCGCAAUCCGAACUAUACGCUAAAAAGUAAACUAAAAUCAAUUUUUAUACCACUUUCUCUAAGACUUGAUGGAUGAUCAAUGGAACUAUUAACUGAGAAAACCGAGAAAAAAACAAAAAGCAAAACAAAACUAAGCAUUCAUCAUCAGAAAAAAAAACUCUGUCAUCAAACUCUUCUUAAGAACCGUAAUAAAAGUUAAAAUUUGUUCUUCUAUUCUAAAAACAAA